GACGUAAGAGUGUGAGCAAGCAAACCCUGGUAUCGUCAGUCCAAUCAUCACUGAUAGAACCCAAACCGAAACUUGGGAGGAACUGUGUAGCGCCAUCAGAGAAGAUGCUGAAGGCUAAGGCCUUUGACGGAGCCAAUGUUUUCAUGUCGCGCAAACUCGUGCCCCCUGAAAUCUUCGAUGCUCUUCGCGACGCUCUAAACAACAACGGUGCCCAGGUUUUCCUUUGUUCCGAUCCUUCUCGCUCUGGCCCCGACGAUUUCCACAUUAUCUCUUCUCCCGAUCACGAAAAGUUUGAGGAUCUCACAGCCAAAGGUUGUAACUUGCUCGGCCCCCAAUGCGUAUUUUCGUGUGCUAAGGAACAUCGGGCUCUCCCUAAAAGGCAAGGGUUCACCUGCUGCCUCGCAAUGGAGGGCGUCAAAGUUCUGGCCACUGGUUUUGAAGGGGAUGAAAAGGGUAGGAUUGAGAAGUUGGUAACGUCAAUGGGAGGAGUAUUUCAUUCUAGAGCAUCUUCGGAUGUUAGCUUUGUCAUUGCGAAGAAUGUUCUUGCCGGGAAAUACAAGUUUGCCGUACAAGUCUUGAAGAAACCAGUUAUUACAGCGGAUUGGUUGUAUCAAUGCUGGAACGAGCAUCGAAUUGUUCCCCAUGAAUCGUUUAGAGUCCUUCCUUUUUCUGGAUUGACCAUUUGUGUCACCAGAAUUCCAGCAGAUGAAAGGAAGGAAAUGGAGAAAAUCAUUACACAAAACGGUGGAAAGUACUCUGCUGAGCUUACCAAGAAGUGCACACACCUGAUUUCCGAUGCUCCUGAAGGUGACAAGUAUAAGGUGGCUAGGAGAUGGGGCAACGUUCAUAUUAUUAAUCGUAAAUGGUUUGAUCAGUCUGUAGCCAGAAGAGCUCGUCUGGAUGAAGAGUCCUAUCCUGUUCAGGGUGGUGGUUCUGUAUCCUCAAAGAAAAGAAGUGUAAAAAUGCAGCUUAGCCAAGGCAAAGAUAUGGGCAAUUUGCAAUCUGCACCCUCAUCAUCAGUGGCUACACACACCAAUUCAUCAAUUAUCUCUAGUUCUGGGUUUGUGUUGGAUUCAGAUGUAGAAGCUACCCUCUCUCAAAGUAUGUGCUCUACAUUACCUGUUGCUCCAGUCAAUUCUAAACAGCAUGGUGGCGAAGAACAGAGUGUAGCGAAUGAUUCUGAGCAUGAAGACAGUGACCUCUACUUGUCACAGUGUAGAAUAUUACUCGUUGGCUUUGAAACUUCUGAAAUGCGCAGACUGGUUAACAUGGUUCGUAGAGGUGGUGGCUCCCGUUAUGUUUUGUUCAACGAUAAAUUGACCCAUAUAGUAGUUGGAACUCCUUCGGAGAUUGAGAAGAAGGAGGUAAGGAAUCUUGCAGCUUUUGGUGUCAUUCAUGUGGUUAGGACUACCUGGCUUGAAGAUUGUGAUCGUAAAAAAGAAGAGAUACGUGUUGAUCAAAGGCAUGUUGCACAUGAUUUACUUCUUCCUAGAGGAGCACUUAUGGGAUUGGCAGGUCUAAAUCAAGGUAGAGUCUCUGCUGCUCAUCUGAGCAUGCCAUCAUCUAAUCCUUUAUCAGGUAGAAUAAGGGGUGAAAUUGGAAUGCCAUCACCAUUGGAGGGAAACAAAGAAGAAAAACCAGAAGAAAUCAACAUCAGUGGUUUCAGCUUUAUGGCAACAGCAGCAAAAUCAGUGCAGCACAGUAACGUUGCUGCUGUAAAUGAUAAUAGUGAGAAUAAGAAUGAGGCUCCAAAGAGAGUGCAAUUUGAUUUAAGUACUCAAAAUGGAAAAGUUUCAAAUGUGUUUGCAGGUAAAGUAUUUGAAUUUUCAAGUUCCUUUCCUGAAGGACGGAAAGGUGAAAUUGUUCAGUGGAUAAAACAAGGAGGAGGUGAUAUAGCUGAUGCUUUUCUGAAGCAGAGUGUGAACUUCACAGUUGAAUGUCAUGGUGUGAUACCAAAGUUAGUUUAUGAUUCCCAAACUUUAUGUGUAUCGAGUCAUUGGAUUCGGUCAUGUUUGGAGGAUGGAUGCUUACUGAAUGUUAAGGAUCACAUUCUAUAUUCUCCACUUCCCUGUUGGAUUCCUUUCCCUGGAUUUGAAAACUUUCGAUUUUGUGUUUCGCAAUAUGAAGAGAAAGACAGACUGCUUUUGAGAAAUUUGUGCUUUGUUCUUGGAGGUAAACUAGUAGGAAGGUUGACAAAGAAGGUCACUCAUCUCAUUUGCAAAUUUGCAAGUGGCCCCAAGUAUGAGGCUGCUUGUAAAUGGGGAAUACGUUCAAUUACAUCUGAUUGGAUAUAUGAAUGUGUCAAGCAGAAUAAACUUGUUCCUUUUGAUCAAUUUUCUCCGAAGGAAAUCACUGCUCAAGAUCAAGAGGCUGGAUUGUGUGCUAUGAGCCAGUUUUCCACACAAGCUGCCCAAAUGAUGUCUGGAGACAUGCCAUCCCAGAGUACAAGUCGAUCAGAAGAGAUUAAAACAUCAUUAAAUGGAAUUAUUGGUAGCAGUAAAGAAAGUUUCGGAGGAGCUAAACAUACUAGUACAUUGCAUAAAAAGGCAAGGCUUUUGGAAGAUAGUGGUAAAUUGAAUAUGCUUUCUUCUGGGGUACAUCCAAAUGAUUCCAUAAGCAAUGCUAAUAAUUCCAUCAGAAAUGAUGUGGUGGCAAAGGGUACAGAUAAAGUGUCUCAUGUUGUUCCAGAUGUAGCUGCAGCAAUUGAGGACUUGUUAGAGCAGACUAGUAAGAUUCAUGAUCAAAAGUCACCAGGAAGGACUGCUUGUGAUAAAAGUGUUUUCCCAUCCAAUUGCUCAACCCUUGGUCAAGACCAUUCAGAUACACAUUCCAUUGUUGGCUUAUCUAAACACUGGUUAAACAGGGAAAAGGAUGACAACUACAAUUCAUCUGGAGAUGGAAAAAAGGGCAUGUAUGAUGGAUUUAGUGAAACACAAACUGACUCCCAGAUUGUUGGUUAUGAAGAAGAUUUGUCAGGCAGGCAAAUGCUUAUUGAUAGGGUCCGCACCCGGAGUAGUAUGACUUAAGAUAGCUCCUGUGAAAACUACCAACAUUUUGACCUUAUUCCUCACCUAUGAAGAAGUCAUAAGCUCACUGAUGUCAAAGCUUGAAUUGCUUCCGGGGAGGAAAUGGAAACUAUGUUAAACCAAACUGAAGAAAACAAGCUUAUUCUGAAACAACUUAAGAACAAUUAUGCACGAGCAUUAGGAAGAGUUGAGAGAAAAGUUGAAGACAAAAGAUGAAGCGGAGGAUCUAACUCAAGAAAUUGCUGAGUUAAGUACCAUAUAACCGUGCAGCAAAGAAGAAGUAACAUAUAACUGGUUUGAUGGAAGAAGAGCGUGCUUGCAUUGAACAAGCAUCUCUACUGAUGUUCCACAUGCUUGUCAAAAAAUCUAGAUGUCCCGCGAUGCAAAGUGGCUAUAAAAGAACAACAAAGACACUUGGAUGCCGCUAUCAAACAUCUUGAUGGAGCAUAGACCCUGGUCACAUGUCAUUAGCAAAAGUCAAUAAUUCCUUUAAUAAGCUUUGGAGAACCUUUUGGAGCCGUGUUAUUUCUUAAGGUUUUACAGAUUAUGUAUUAUGGACUGCUGUAGCCAAAGUGUACAAUGUACAUUUUGAUGGGAUAGAAGAAGUUGAAUUUGGUGGAAUGUAAAUAUUUGCUUUUUGUGGACAAAUGAAGCAAUUGGUAGAAUAAUUGCUCAUCUUCCUGAUAAGAGGCAACCAAGAAGUUCGUUCAAUAUC